AUGUAUUUUAAAUUAUUUGACGAACGAGGCAUCCUGAAAAGCAAGUCGAAGGUGGAAAUAAGUGUAGUAUCAUUUAAAGGCUGAUCUCAAAAGUCAAAUUACCCUAAAUACGCAGUUAAAAAGAAAUUCCUCGUCAACGCAACUAGAGGAAAACAUGAAGUUGAAAUCAUGCAACAAGUAAAUAAGCUCCAUCCUUGAACAGUGAAAUUAUAUGACUCAGAAUUCGAUGAUAAUGGUAUUUACUACAUCCUCAUGGAAUAUUGCCCCAAAGGUGACCUCAGAAAAUUUAUUAGAGAAAAUAAAUCGCUAAAUCAGAAUCCUCCUUAUGACAUCCUGGUUAGAUAUUUUUUGAAUUUGGCAGACAUUGUCAUGGUACUGCACAGUAAUAAUAUUUGGCAUAGAGACAUAAAACCUGACAAUAUUUUUCGAACUGAAGACGGAGAACUGAGAUUAGGCGACUGAGGUGUAUCAAAAUGAUACACGAAUGGAGAUCUAGACUUCGUCUAUCAUACCAUAACUGGAACUCAGCCUUAUAUGUCCCCAGAAUUAGAAUCAAGAAAAAAGCACAAAAGGCAUUCAGUUUCUUCUCCAGAUUCUGAUGAUAUUUGAGCUCUUGGCCAAACUUUUUAUGAGAUGUGCACUUUUGAAAGGGUGAACUAUGCGUCUGACAUCCACUUUUCGAUUUAUAGCGAAAUGGAUAGAAGGAAUUACCCAGAAAGCUUUGCAGAGCUAAUAUCAGGAAUGCUGAAACCAGAUUUGCUAUCUAGAUGGAAAAUAAGAAAUGUGUGGGAUCAAUUGAUGACUAUUAUAAACACUAUCAAUAUUCAGCCUAUGUAUAAGAAAAAUGAUGAAGGGGGUGAAGAAGAGAUGAAUUUACCUGAGGACACAGAAAACAAUAUAUUUGAAAGUGAAACCUGUAGCAUUAGGAAGCUUGAAUUUACGUCUAUCAAGCGUAUAAUUGAUAUUAAAAAAGAGGAUUUUCAGUUGAGCGUUACAAGUUAUAGCGUUGCAUCAAUUAAUGCAAGCAUAGAGCAGACCGUAAGUUCAGAAAAAACUCAGGAAAUUUUAAAAGUUCCAAAUGACCGAAGUAUGGCCUUUAAAACUCUAGAAAUAAUUGAUGAAAACCCUGAAAUAGUCAAUGGAAAGCCUGGGAUAUCUGAUAAAAAAUCUGAAAAAGAGACCAUGGACACAUAUUAUAAUCCUAAUGCUGAAGAGCAAGUAUUUCAAAAUGCUGAAACUGGCUCAAAUCUAGCAGAAUCUAUCGUCCAAACAGUAAAAAUUGCCACAAAAAUUUUUAAAGACAUAGUUCCUGACCUGCCUAACGAAACAGUUUUAUCCUUUUUAGCCACUUUAUAUAAAGAGAACGAAAUAAAAUUAAUUUGUCCAAUUUGCAAUGCAGACUCUUGGGUUAAGCUAAGCCCCAAAAAUUGGAAACCUUACAAAAUAAAAUGCAAAAGCUGCCGAUCAAACUUCUGCUCUUUCUGCUUAUACGGAGGCAGCCACAGAAAAUGCCCUGACUACCAAAACCUCUUAACAGGUAUAUGGAAAUCUACAAAACACCCAAAACCAAAACCUUUAAAAAUAAUUUAA